UAAUUUUCUUUUAAAAAAAAGAAGUUUUCAAAAAGAGCGAAACGAAAAGAAGAGAAAAAACCGUAAUAUACACGUCUUGUCAAUGCUCCACUUUUACAGAUUAAUAAGAAGAAGGAAAAAAAAAAGCCAUUUAUAAUUGUUGUGUUGUGACUUGUGAGAUGCGAUAGCUUCUCGGCCCACAUUUCUUGCGAACUACAGGAAAUCAGAAGCUAAACUGCGCAGGAGAUUUGAGGGAUGGGGAGGUUGUUUGUGGUGAGUUUGGAGGGGAAGAUCUACAGCUGCAGGCACUGCCGGACCCACCUUGCUCUUUGUGAUGACAUCGUCUCCAAGUCCUUCCACAGCAGGCAUGGGAAAGCUUAUCUCUUCAGUAAGGUAGUUAACGUCUCUUUGGGAGAGAAAGAGGAGAGAUUGAUGAUGACUGGAUUGCACACUGUUGCUGACAUCUUCUGUGUUGGCUGUGGCUCGAUUGUUGGGUGGAAAUAUGAGACUGCCCAUGAAAAGAGCCAAAAGUACAAGGAAGGAAAAUCUGUUCUCGAACGGGUCAAGGUUUCGGGUCCUGACGGAAACAAUUUUUGGGUUAGUCAUGAGACGCAGGUCGGCGGAAGUGAUGCAGAUGAUGCUUGAUUUCCAUUGAUAUCCAAUAAUAAUUGUACAUUCUUUAACUCUCCAUUGAUAUUGUUCAAAUCAUGUUUUCGUUCCAAAACUGCAAACUUCUCAUUUGGGGUGGCUCCUCGCCCGCUCGUUCUUCAAUAACAAUAACAUUUUAUUGUUGAUUAUGACAAUGUGUUCUAACUUUCCUGUGUU